AUGGCGCCACUUCCCAAGAACGUGUUCGACGUCCUGCUGCAGGCCGCCCAGGACACCCCAGACAAGGGACUCUCAAUCUAUCCCAAGGGGCAGACCCAGGCACCGCCGCAUCGUAUCACCUAUCUCCAGCUCCUCCACGAAGCCAUAGCCUUGUCACGGCUGGUGAGGGGAAUCCCCGGUACCGGACCGGAGACCAUUGUGCUGCUCCAUCUCGACGAUCACCAGGACAAUGUCCUAUGGUUCUGGGCUACGGUUGCGGCGGGCCUUGUGCCGGCCAUGUCGACCCCCUUUACCAACGAUCUGGAGCAGCGCCGAAAGCACCUCGCUCACCUCAAGGAAAUGUUGAAGAACCCCAUCGUCAUUACCCGCAGGCGUCUGGCGCCCGAUUUUGCCGUCACCGGAGGAUCGAUGCAAAUAGUCACCGUCGAGGACCUCCAAAAGCACGGAGAGGAUCAGAUGGAUGACGUGCCCGGUAACAAUGGGCUCGUAUACUCCCCAAGCAGCGCUACCUCCAAGAAAAGCGACGACCUGUUCGCCCUGAUGUUGACCUCCGGCAGCACCGGCCACGCGAAAGCCGUGCGUCUCUGCCACGGUCAGGUUAUCACAGCCCUAUUUGGCAAAAGUCGAUACCACGGCACGACCUCCCGCGACGUCUUCCUCAACUGGAUCGGCAUGGAUCACGUCGCAAACCUCACCGAGGUGCACCUGCACGCCAUGAUCCUGGGCGCUGAUCAGGUUCACGUCCACGCCUUGGAUCUUCUCGCCCAGCCUAUGCUGUUCGUCCACCUGAUCGACAGACACCGGGCCAGUUACACAUUUGCUCCCAACUUCUUCCUGGCCAGCGUCAGAAAGGCACUCGAGGCCUUCUUCGCCAUGUCUAGCCCAGACUCGUCACCCAACCUCUCAUCACUCAGAUCACUGAUCUCGGGCGGAGAGGCAAAUUCCACAGCGCUAGCCAGCGUGUUAUCCGACCUCUUUGGCAGACUUGGUGCACAGCGCCACUUCCUCCGACCAGGGUUUGGCAUGACCGAGACUUGUGCCGGCAGCAUCUACGGCACCAGAUGUCCUACCUUUGACGUCGCGCACGGACGCGAGUUCACCUCGUUGGGCCGGUGCAUUCCCUGCAUGUCCAUGAGAGUCAGGCGUGAUGGACAUGGAAGCGGUUCCUUGGCAGCCAACGAGGUUGGUGUCUUGGAGGUCAAGGGUGGUAAUGUCUUUGGCGGGUACUUCAACAACCACGAGGCCACCGUGUCAUCGUUCUCGUCCGACGGGUGGUUCAUCACCGGCGAUCUCGCCUUUAUCGAUGACGGCGGCAAUCUCCACCUGGUCGGUCGCGAGAAGGAAACCAUCAUCAUCAAUGGCGUCAAAUACUUCCCACACGAGAUCGAGGGUGCUAUCGAAGACGCGAGUAUCCCGGGUGUCACGCCCUCGUUCACGGCUGUGUUCCCACACCGCCCCGAGAAUGCCGACUCGGAGACUCUCUGCAUCGUGUAUCUCCCAAGCUAUCAGGUUAACGAUGAUGUCGAGGCCCGGCUGCACGUCCGGAAUGCCAUCAGGGACGUCGUCAUGAAGCAUUGCAUGUCCAGGCCAUACAAGAUCAUCCCGCUUGAGAGGGUGUUCCUGCCCAAGACCGCUCUCGGGAAGUUGUCCCGCAGCAAGCUCAGGAAAGCAUUUGAGAGCGGCGUAUACUGGGAGGCCAUUGAGCUGGAUGAGAAGCUAAUCGCACUCGCUCAAGGCUCUCGCGAGGUCGUGGUGCAGCCGUCCACGGAGAAGGAGCUGGUCCUGCAGGACAUCUUCUCGGACGUCUUUGGCGUGCCACCAGCUGAGAUUGGAAUCCACACAAACGUUUACAAUCUGGGCUGCAGCUCGGUCGAGCUGUUCCGGCUCAAGUGGGCAAUACAGGGUAAUCCGCACUUUCCCAACGUCAUCCCCGUUACCACAAUGAUCAGCAACCCGACCAUCGCAUCUCUGCUGUCGGCCAUGGACACAACGCGGGACAGCAGCAUAUCUCCCACCACCCAGUACAACCCCGUGGUGGUACUGAGGUCUGGGGGGAACAAAGCGCCGCUCUGGCUGGUCCACCCGGGUGUCGGUGAGGUCUUGGUGUUCCUUAAUCUCGCCAAGCAGAUCACAGACCGGCCCAUCUACGCCCUGCGCGCUCGGGGCUUCGAUGGAGAACCGCUAUUCGGGAGUAUGGACGAGAUGGUGAGCACGUAUCUCCGGGCGAUGAGAAGGACGCAGCCGCAGGGCCCGUAUGCCAUCGCUGGCUAUUCCUACGGCGGGACUGUCGCAUUCGAGAUGGCCAAGAUGCUGAUGCAGCAGGAUGGGCCCGACGCCGUCCCCUUCCUCGCCGUGUUCGACCAGCCACCGCAUAUCAAGCAGCGGAUGCGCCACGGGCGCGACUGGGUUGAUGUGCUGCUUACGCUGGUGCGCUUCUUCGACCUACUACCCGACGCGGACCGCGAGGCGAACUUCAGGAGGGCCGCAGCUACGCACCCCGAUUUGAACGGCAAGAGCGGCGUUGCUUCGGUCGACGAACAUGAGCGGCUGGUUGAGCUUCUCUUGCAACACAUGGCUGUGGAACGGCUGGAGGAAUACGGUCUCGACAAGGAGCGGUUGGCACGGUGGACCAGUCUGGCUCUGAACUCGCAUGUCAUUGCGCGCGACUAUGAGCCCUCAGGCCGGGUCCCUGUGUUGGAGGUGUUCUACGGCGAUCCCAUCGCCGAUGUAGCCCCCUCCAAGGCUGAAUGGUUGGAGGAGAAGCUGUCCCGCUGGGCCGACUUCGUGGACGAUGCCCGGUUCCACGAGGUGCAGGGCCAUCAUUAUACUCUUCUUGCUCCCGAGAAUAUCGACUCGUUCGCAAGAAGCUUCGUGGCUAGAUUGGCGGGUUGUGGUCUUUGA